AUGGUGGAAACGGGAAACCAGAACCCCCAGCCACCGCCUCCACGGCCACCUCCGGGACCAUCUCAACCGCUUGGUGCUUCAAAAGGUCCCACGUAUCCGCCUGCGGAGCAACUGGGGCAGCUUCACUACUGCAUCCACUCCAAUCCUUCAUGGCCCCAGACAGUCCUUUUGGCUUUUCAGCAUUACAUUGUUAUGCUAGGAACAGCAGUCUUGAUUGCAACUGCCCUUGUUCCUCGAAUGGGUGGUGGCCCUGGUGACAAAGCUCGUGUUAUUCAGUCGAUGAUUUUCAUGUCUGGAAUAAAUACACUUCUCCAGACUUUGUUUGGCACAAGGCUUCCUACAGUAAUGGGUCCAUCUUUUGCCUUUGCAUUAUCUGUACUCUACGCCAUAAAUGACUUCAACGAUACCAUCUUUAACAAUGAGCAUGAGAGAUUUUCUCACACUAUGAGAUCUAUUCAAGGAUCAAUGAUUAUUUCAUCAUUUCUGAAUAUAGUGACCGGAUAUGGCAAGGCAUGGGGUCAUCUUUCAAGGUAUUUCAGUGCCGUUGUUUUGGUGCCAGUGGUCUGUGUGGUCGGUUUGGGUUUGUUUGCUAGAGGCUUCCCUCAGCUUGGUAACUGUGUGGAGAUUGGCCUGCCUGCACUGAUUCUUCUGGUCAUCAGCCAACAAUAUCUGCAACGCAUUCAUCCGGUCACUAAUGCGAUACUUGAGAGAUUUGCUUUGCUCUUAUGUGUUGGUUUGGUCUGGGCUUUUGCUGCCAUUCUUACUACCGCCGGUGCUUACAACAACGUUGGGGAGCAUACGAAGAUUAGUUGUCGUACAGACCGAUCUUACCUGAUAUCAUCUGCUCCAUGGAUCAAGAUUCCAUACCCCUUCCAGUGGGGAACCCCAAUAUUCAGAGCAGCCCAUUUGUUUGGAAUGAUCGGGGCUUCACUUGUUUCAGCUGCAGAGUCAACUGGGGCAUAUUAUGCUACAGCCAGGCUUUCAGGUGCUACAAUCCCUCCUGGACAUGUUGUGAGCCGAAGUGUUGGUUUACAGGGCAUUGGUCAAUUACUAGAUGGGAUUUUUGGAUCUUUGGUUGGUUCUACAGCAUCUAUAGAAAAUGUUGGUCUUCUUGGGCUUACUCGUGUCGGGAGCAGAAGAGUUGUCGAGAUAUCAACUGCAUUCAUGAUAUUCUUCUCAAUAUUUGGAAAGUUUGGGGCCUUCUUUGCAUCAAUUCCUUUACCAAUCUAUGCUGCUAUAUACUGUGUGCUUUAUGCCAUUGUUGCUGCGACCGGUAUAUCAUUCAUCCAAUUUGCAAACCCGAACUCCAUGCGCAACAUUUACAUAAUAGGCAUUUCGUUGUUCCUGGGGAUAUCGAUACCACAGUACUUUAUCAUGAACACUGAUGGCAAUGGCCAUGGACCUGUCAGAACAGCUGCUGGAUGGUUUAACAACAUUCUGAAUACCAUAUUCUCGUCACCUCCUACUGUGGCAAUCAUUGUUGCAACGCUUCUCGAUAACACCCUAGAAGCUAAGAAGACGGCUGCCGAGAGAGGGAUACCUUGGCUAGCACACUUUCAGAAGCGGAAUGGAGACAGCAGAAAUGAGGAGUUUUACAACUAUCCUCUUAGAAUAAAUGAGUAUAUCCCAUCAAGAUUUUUGUGA